UUCUUCCCAUGCCGGAAGCGCGACGGUUCCGGCGCGGUGGCCGGGCGGCGAUGGCAGUGGGCCGGCAGUGGUGCGGUGGGCCGUCGGGGCUCUUCGUCUCCCGGUGUGGCGGCGCGGGCUGAGGGGAGCGGGCCGCCUGCCGCCGCCCUCCCGCUCCCUUCUCCGCUGGAGGAAGGUGCAGAGCAUGGAGAAUGAUGAACUUCCGCCAGAGGAUGGGAUGGAUUGGUGUGGGGUUGUACUUGUUAGCAAGUGCUGCAGCUUUUUAUUACGUCUUUGAAAUCAAUGAGACUUACAACAAACUAGCACUGGAGCACAUUCAGCAACACCCCAAGGAACCACAGGAAGGAACCACAUGGAUGCACUCCUUAAAAGUACGACUGCUAUCCUUGCCUUUUUGGCUGUGGACUAUAAUAUUUUUAAUACCAUAUUUACAGAUGUUCUUGUUCCUCUAUUCCUGUACAAGAGCUGACCCCAAAACUGUUGGGUAUUGCAUCAUUCCUAUCUGCUUGGCUGUUAUUUGCAAUCGCCAUCAAACAUUUGUGAAGGCCUCUAAUCAAAUCAGUAGAUUACAACUGAUUGACACUUAGUUCAAUUUCUAGUUUCCGUAGCUGUUUUGAAGCAGUUGCAUAUGCCUGAUCUAAUCACAAGACUGAAGUUCUGAGUGAACGCUGAAAAGAUCCUUUUCUUUCAUAUUGUUAAGUAAUGAAGAGAGUGACUGUUUUCUAUUUAAAAAAAAAUAGCUACAGAGGUUUUUAAAUAUGGGUCUGUUGGUAUGGCCAGAGUGGGACACCCUAUGUGACACUUGAUGGAAGUAUUCCUCGUUUUGCCUUAAUGAUGCAAAAUUGCAACACUCCAUCUGAAACGUCCUGUGGGAAAUAAGUUUCUGGUCUAUGACUUUACUCCUCUUAGCAAAAAAGUGAUUUCCUAUGUUUUCUCUUGGAGUAAAAUCAAUGAAAAGAUACUUCUUUUGUGAUAAAUGUAAAAGAAACAUAAUCAGAAUAUGAUUAUAAAGGCUGCACUUAACACAAUCACAAUUCUUUGAUUUUAUUUUUUUUUAAGUAAUAUCUACAUCAGUGCUGGUUUUUAAUGAUUUUUUUUAAUAAGUUUAGAUAUAAAUACAGGAAGCAAAGAAUAAAGUCUGUGCAAACCUUUGAGGGGAAAAAGGUGCUUUUUUGUUUUUCCUGUGGUAGCAGACUUUUUUCAGUAACCACAACAGUGCCAUGUUGUAGUAGGUAGGCAGUGAGGAUUGGCAUAGGCCUGAAGCUUGGUGCUUUAAUCUCUUUCCCUAUGAUGUCAAAAGCAGCUUAUGCUGAUAUUUGCUAUAGUCUGCACAAAACUUCAUUUGUGUUUCUUUCUCCUAUCUAUAGAAAUCUCCUUUGAUAAAAUUCCAAAAUGAUUGGAAUUUACUACAAUACUAAUUUCACUCCAGACAUGGUGGAAAACUCUGUUCUGGGAGCACUGAUGUACUAGGAAAAACUCUGAAUUUGGAAAGGUUAACUGGUUUUAGGUUGUGGGGAUGCUACAAACAGGUUGUAGGACAGGUAAUCAUGUUUCUUUCAGAAAUUUGAAGAAGUAAGACCUUCUCCUUCUUGCAAUGAAUGCAGAUUUCUUCAGUCAUACUGAAGUUUCACCAAGAUUUCUUAUCAUAGUUUCAAACUAUUUUUCAGUGCUAUUUUGGCACAGCAUUUGAUUCGAGCUACUGGAUUGUGUAUCUUGAACAAUCUUGAACCUGUUCUUCUUAUCCUUAUUUGUUUCUUAGAAUAACUAGAUUUUUGAGCCAGCCGUAUGGAAGUAAUCUUCCAAAUGUGAAAACAGUGCAAAACAUACUCUUCAAAAGCAGUAGGUGCAAAACAAUUAUGAACUAAACUCAACUAUAAUUUCAAUUCUGUGUGAUUGUCUGUACCUAAUCAUGAACAAGUGCUAAUCCAUUUCUGACUAAGGGUACCCUGGAGGAUAAUACCAGCCUUCUCUUACUUUGGAAAGAGAACACUAUUUUCAAUGUUGCUGUGUUUAAGCAUGGUAGUUACACCACCUUAAACUUUGUUUGCAUUUGGAGGUAUUUUGAGACACUGGUUUCAAACCCCAGCAUUGGUGCUAGGACCUCAAAACAAUGUAGUCUUUACAAGAAGGUUUUAAGUUCUAAGUGCAUUAUGAAAAGGAGGAAGCUGCCAUCUUAAUAUGAUGAAGUAAGAAUAAACUCUGACUUAUAGUAUCUUUGGGAGUCAGAGCUUUUAAGUUGUGUUGUUUCCUAACUUUAAAAAUCACCAUCCUAUUUAUAAAAUAAAAACUUUUCAAUGUUUAUAAACAAGUCUGUUAAUGCCCAUAGAUAUCAGUGGCUUUAUUUUUUGUUGUUACUUAUGUUUGUUGCAAGAUAGCAGUGCUGGCAGUCAGCUGCUGUAGCUUACUCUUCUGUCCUUCCCUCAGUGUGUAUGUUCAGUUGAUCUGUUUUCAUUGCCUUUUUAUGCUCUGUGCCCUAAUUACUUGUCUGUAAUUACUUGUGUGGGGGUGGCUGGAUGAAACUGAAUCCUGUUGUCAUUUUUCUACCUUUGUGUGACAAGGAGGUACCACUGGCUGGACUAUGUUUUUAACUCGAUGCUGUAAGUUUUAAACUCAGCAGUUGUCCUAAGAAUAAUGUUAGAGGAAGCAUCAAAAAUAGAAAAUGAUAGGAAGAAGUGCCUAAGUUUCUGUUGUGCAAGCACGUGGCCUUUAGUAAAUUUGUCAGUGUGCCUCGUGAUGACCCAAGCUGGCUGGAUGUGGAGCAUGUGCUGGGUGCAGGGGUGGCUUACAGAACGGAGGCUUGUGUUUGUAGACUUUCCCAUUAGAAGCCUGGUUUUGGAUUAAAGCUGCUGACAAGCAUGAACUUUACAAUUACGGAAUGACAGUCUAAUUCAAGCAAAUGCUAUGUCUCUGAGGAUUUGAGCUUGAGGUGGAAAGCAGUAAUGGACUUAGUAUAACCUGUCAACCUGGUGCAUAGGAAUAACGGACAAUAGAAGAGGAAAGCUAGCUCUGAUGGUGCUUCCAGCAUUUUUGGCACCAAGCAGAAUAUGAGCAGGUGGUGUCUUACCCACGAAGUAAAGACUAAGAUCUAAUUAUUAAAUGGUUUUUCACUGUAGCUUUCUUUUAAAAGAAGUAGUGAAAUAACUAAGCUUGAUCAGUUAGGGUUUGUUGCUUAGACCAGAGGUUUUCAGUCCCUGAUGUGCCAGUGGACUUUUUACACAAAGUUUCUAUAUAAAGACUGCAAAUUCAUGCCUAAUGUUACAUGUUGCUUUGUAGCCUCCCACAGUUCACCCUACUGUUCAGGACUGUGGUUGGGAGCGGGAUGACACAUUAUUCCCAAGAUGUAGCUCUACAAGCAGUUUCCAAAGCUGCAGAACAGAGCUCAUAAAAGAUGUCUGCACUUUAAGUACAGGCUGCUUGAAGGAGCUCUUUUGAUACAUUUAUCAGGCUUUUUUUUUUUUAUACUGUGCUGCCUUUGCCGUUUUGAUAAGCCACUUCCUUUAAUGCUACUUCCUUCGAUAAAUUAUCUACCCUAAAACACUUUAAGCAUUUUAUCAGUUUAAGAUUUUGCAGCCUGACAAGUGAUGAGGAUUAAUUUAUGUAAUUUUCUCUCAUCCCAGGUCCUCAGCAAGAAAACCUCCAUAGUCUUCAGAGUUGGUCUUUUCUCCUAAGUUAUGCCUCUGUCAUAUCUACUAACAGAAUAAUGGGUGUGUGAACUUCUUAAGAAUAUGUAAAGAAGUAAAAAUAUGUAUACUAUGUGCUCCAACACACCCCUACCCCUUCCAAAGAAACCCAGGCAAUUCUGUACUCAUAAAAAUUCAUUAUUUACUCUGA